AUGGCCAACAACGGCUUUGGCGUGCAGGGGAACGCGGCGGCCGGCGCGUGGUCCUCCGGCCUCUGCGACUGCUUCGACGACGUCGGCGGCUGCUGCCUGACGUUCUUCUGCCCGUGCGUCACCUUCGGGAGGAUCGCCCACAUCGUCGACCAGGGAACCACCUCGUGCUGCGUGGGCGGGUCGCUGUACAUGCUGCUGACGGCGGUGACGGGGCUGGGCGCCUGCCUCUACUCCUGCAUCUACCGCUCCAAGCUGCGGUCGCAGUACGGGCUCACGGAGCAGCCCUGCGCCGACUGCUGCGUCCACCUCUGCUGCGAGGCCUGCGCGCUCUGCCAGGAGUACCGCGAGCUCAAGGCCCGCGGCUUCGACAUGUCCGCCGGAUGGCAAGACAACAUGGAGAGGAUGGGGAAAGGCGCCGCGACCGCCCCGCCGCAGCCGAACCCGGGGAUGUCGCGUUAG